GGCGGCUUUUUGUGCAGCCCCGGCCCCUCCCCUGCAAACUGAGGGUGGUGGAAACUGUACCUAUAUCUUAACACGUCACAGAUUUUUACCAAACGAGUGGACGCCUCAUUGCGAACAUGAUGUUCUUGAGAGUUGGGAUCUUGGUUGGCUUUGUUAGCUUGGUGGUAUCUCAGACGUCGGACCCCUGUUCUGGCUAUGGCUGUGAGACGCCAGGCUAUGAGUGUCGGCUUGUCGUCGUGUCCUGCGCUCCAGGAACUCCUUGUCCUCCACAACCACAGUGUGUCCCUAGAGACCAGGGUCGGGUGGGGGCCUGCCGGUACGGCAGCCCAGUACUAGAGCAGACAGGCUUGCUGACGUACAGCACCCCCUACUGUAACGACCGAAGGCUUUGCCCCGAAACCACCGAGUGCAACACCGAGAUACAAGACAUCCAGUCCCUGUGUUGCUGGAGCCCAUCGGUUGGUCCUAGACCUACCACUGGACCGUUAACCACGUACAGACCGCCUGUGACUCAAAAUUCAUUUGACAACUUCAACGGGCAUUGUGCGAAGACUUUCCCCCUCCCUGCGUUCUUCUGUGAGUUUGUGGUGCCGAGGUGUGAGCGCGACAGCGACUGUCUGCCCGGCUCCAAGUGCUGCCACACAGCCAAGUGUGGGAGGCGGGGGUGUCUCUUGGCCAGGCUCUCGGCGGAGUGUUCCAUCCUGGAUAAACUUAUGGGACUGUGUCAAGAUUAAACCACUGGGCUGUGUCAAGAUUCAACCAGUGAACAAUGUCAAAGUUAAACCACUGAACCAUGUCAAAGUCAACCACUGACCAAUUUCAAGAUUAAACUACGGAACUAUGUCAAGAUUAAACCACUGAACUAUGUCAAGAUUAAACCACUGACCAGUGUCAAGAUUAAACCACUGGACUAUGUCAAGAUUAAACCAAUGAACCAUGUCAAGAAUUAAACUACUGAACAACGUCAUGCUAUAAUCACUGGACUGCCAAUUGUUUCUGAGCACUCAUUGUUUUGUUUAAUCUGAAUAAACCUGUCAUCAAUAAAUUUAUCUCCAGUUCACAACAAA